CGGCCAUUCAUCUGGGUUUGAAUUCUGAAGAGGACUAAACAUGAAGCCUCUCACAGGCCACCACCAGCUGCUUUUCUUUGAAAGGAUAUUUCCCUGGUGAUACCUACUGGAGCGUGGGCAGACUUCUCUCUUGCUGCAUCAUGGGAUGUUCCCUUCCCCACCCCCGCCUUUUGUGGGAGUGUGGGAGUGUGUGUGUGUGUGUGUGUGUGUGUGUGUGUGUGGUUUCUUGCUCCCUGUGAGAACACAACCCUGCUGCCUGUUCCUGCUGCCGCUGCCUGACUCUCUGCCACUUCUUUCCUCCCUAUUUCUCUUCCUGCUUAGCUCCCUUCCUGCUGAUACCACUCCCACAUGGAGACUAAUCACCCUAAACAACUCUCAGCUGAACAGCCAAAACCCCCAGGGGACAGUUCAUCACUCAAUCAAAAUGGCCUGGGAAAGCCAGAUGGCCAGCAGCCCUCAACCUCACUCGGAGCACCAGAGCAGGAGACAAGUGUACAUCCUGAGAAGGGAGCCCAUGACAUCUCUGAAGAGCUGAACCGGCAGCUGGAGGACAUCAUAAACAUGUAUGGGUCAGCAGCCAGUCCCACAGGGCAAGAGGGUACCACUGAGACUAAGGAGCAGCCCGAAAACACAGAGGCACUAGACAAUGAGGAUGGGGACUGUGAAGAGACCGUUGAAGAGACAGACAGAGAAGCCACUGCUUCUGAAGAGCCAGCCUCAGCCAAAGAUCCUGCCAGCAAUAAAGAGCAGAAACUGGAGAAGAAGGUCCUAAAAGGGCGAGGCAAAGAAGCUAACUUGCUAAUGCAAAAUCUGAACAAGCUGCAAACAGCUGAAGACAAGCUUGAUUUUUUAUUCAAGAAGUAUGCUGAGUUGCUGGAUGAGCAUCGAGCUGAGCAAAAGAAACUAAAACUCCUACGGAAGCAGCAGGCACAGACCCAGAGAGAGAAGGACCAGCUGCAGAGUGAACACAACCGAGCCAUCCUCGCUCGAAGCAAACUUGAGAGUCUGUGUCGGGAGCUGCAGAGGCACAACAAGACACUGAAGGAGGAAACCCUCCAACGGGCACGUGAGGAAGAAGAGAAGAGGAAAGAGAUCACGAGUCAUUUUCAGACCACCCUGACAGAUAUCCAGACUCAGAUAGAGCAACAGAGCGAGCGAAAUAUGAAGCUCUGCCAGGAGAACACAGAGCUUGCAGAAAAACUGAAAAGCAUCAUCGAUCAGUAUGAGCUCAGAGAGGAGCAUCUGGACAAAAUAUUUAAACACAGAGAACUACAGCAGAAGCUGGUGGAUGCGAAACUCGAACAGGCUCAAGAGAUGAUGCAGGAAGCAGAGGAGCGGCACAAACGGGAAAAGGAAUAUGUAUCUAUCCUUUUAGUCGGUUUGCUGAACCAGGCAGCAGAGUGGAAACUCCAGGCCAAAGUGCUGAAGGAACAAGAGACAGUGUUGCAGGCUCAGCUCACCCUCUACUCAGGAAGGUUUGAAGAGUUCCAGAGCACACUGUCGAAAAGCAAUGAAGUGUUUGCCACUUUCAAGCAGGAAAUGGAUAAAACAACCAAGAAAAUGAAGAAGCUGGAGAAGGAUACAGCCACAUGGAAAGCCCGAUUUGAGAACUGCAACAAAGCUCUACUGGACAUGAUUGAAGAGAAAGCCCUCAGAGCUAAGGAAUACGAGUGUUUCGUGAUGAAAAUCCAGAGGCUGGAGAACCUGUGUCGUGCUUUACAAGAAGAGAGAAAGGAACUCUAUAAAAAAAUCAGAGAAGCAAAAGUAUCCGAAAAGGAAGACCAGGGUCAGCACACCUCUGACGAAGAGCCAGAGUCAAAUGUCUCUGAAGAUAAAGAAACAGAUGCAGAGGAAGCCAACAGUGUUCAAAACGCUGUGACAAACUUGGCCACAGCUUUCACCAUCCUUCAUCAUCCAGAGUCCACCCUGGACCAAUCAGAGGAAAGACAACCAGCAGUGAUUGGUCCUCAGGGUGGAAGUGACAUCAUCUCCCAGCAGCCCGAACUAGCCCUUCUGAACCCUGUCACUGCUUCAGGGAGUGUUGAGCCUUCUCUGGAUUCUCAGGGUGAGGCAGGAGGGCUCUGUGAGGCUGUGCCUGCCUCUACAGCCAGCUGUACCCCUGCUGGGGCAGAGCUCCAAAGCCAGGGACUUCCUGCCGGAAACCCCCUGGACCUGAAGCUCCAGAAGCCAGAGGCAAAAGCUUCUGAUCAGGCCCCAGUGUCCCCAGCCCAGGGUUCCCUAGCUGUAGUGGAGGCAAAAUGCACUGUUCUACCAUCUCCAGAGAGUGAGGGAGUCCCUACUGUGGUGCCUGGCUGUGAGCACAGGGAGCAGCCCCUACCAGCAGCCACAGAGAUCCCUCCAGGCCCUUCCACAGGGCUCCCUGUAGAGGCCUACACCAGUCUGGAUGGAGUAGACUAAGCCUCAUCGAUUCUGCAAGCUGUUCACCCUGCUCCAUCUUCCUUUCAGAAUGUCUGUGAAAGAAAAUUCAAAUACUAGGAAGAGAGUUAGGGUCAAGACAUUUUUAAUGUUAAGUCUUUGCUGCCAUUUGCAUUGUAUAACUAAUGUGUAAAUUUUCUGUAAUUGUAUCAUUUUCCCAUUGGAAGCCAAACAUACCAAUAGCAAAUAUACAUUUAAUUUCCAUUAAGUUGGUACUUUAAUCCAGUUUAUUAACAGUAAGAUUUGUUAUUUAAGGAUUCACAUUACAAUAUAUAAAUAUUCUAAGA